GGCGCUAGUCGCAGCACGCCCGCGCGCCACGUCGGUCGUGUUCUCCGACACGGGUUUUCGGGAAAAGUUCAAUUCUUAUUAGUGAUUGCAACAGUGUUUAUCACAUACAUUGAUGGAUACAUCAAGAACCAACUAAAAAAAUAAAAAAAUAAUAUAUAAAGUAGAAGUAAAAAUAAAAAACAUUUCGUAAUUAAAAACAAUUUUGAAAUAUAAAAAUUAUAACAAAAUUUUUAAAAAGGAAUUAGUUCUAAAAUUUUAAUUAAUUAUCAUAUAUAUAUAAAAAUGUUUCGCUACUGGGUCGGUAUUUUGAGUGCCGUUUAUUUGGCGGGACAAUGUAAUGCAAAUUACUGCCGGGACGCGAACCUGUGCUGUCCCGGGCGGGAUAGCUCGUGCGUGGUACAAAAGGCCCAUCAGAACGCGAUAAUAGAGGACUUGACGGAUAAACCGUGUUAUUGUGACCACGCUUGCUUGAAAUUGGGUGAUUGCUGUCCCGACUUUAGAGAGACUUGUGGAGUCUUAGAUUGCGUGGUGUCGGGAUGGGGCGAGUGGUCAGAUUGCGACACGACAUGCGGGUCCGGCAGCAUGGUGAGGAGCCGAAGGGUCAUGCAAGCGCCUGCUCAUGGUGGUCGUCACUGUCCUUCGCUCGUGCAACGUCGGGCAUGCCAAGCGCACCAUGGCUGUCUACCGGAUAGUGAUAUUCCUUUACGAGAGGAAUCAGCGAUGAUUCUGCCAGGAGGUCUGUCGGUGAGCCGCCAUUCGAAUGAAACUGUCGACAUCAGAAAGAACUUGCGCUUGAGAAACCCCGACGAUCCAGAAUCCAAUUCACAUAGAGAAUAUUGUGUACAGUUUGAAGUAACGAAAGUGUCUAAAGCCUGUCACACCGAUUCCGAUUACAAGCCCUUACGUGAAGGUGGUACAGUUUGCGUGAUGUGUGAAGCAGCAGCUCUCCGACGAGACCUCAACUGGCGAUGUGGUGGUCACGGCGUGAGUGGUCACAGCACGCGUUUCUACGCGCUGGUGGCACCACACUGUCACGGGAAGUGGAUACGUGCCAAGGAAAAUCCAGAUAGAAAGAGCGAUUGCUGUUCUAAUCCUGAUUUUAUUUUCGUAUAAGAUAGUUUGUAUAAUUGUGUAUGAUGUAAUAAUAAGUAUUUGUUAAGGAUUUAUUGCUAAA